AUGGCUGAUUCGGAGUACUCAGACGAUGAAACUGAGUACAAUAGCCCGUCAAACUCCCAAGCGGUCAUCAAGGACGCGCUCCUGAUCCCGUUCCGCGUGUUGUUCUCUAAGACCGCCCUCCGCAUAUACCUUAACAUCAUCUUGUUCAGCGGCGCCACGCUGCUUCUCCUGAGCAUCUCCGGGAUCGCCUACACCAUAUUUUACUUAAAUUACAUCCCAACCGUUGGCGUUAACCGCGUCGUCCACUUGCAACAUGACCCCGAACAACACCCAUGGGGCACUGCUUCCCUCGAAUCAGAAUUCGUGUCUUCUCAGCCCUACGAUGUCGCCGUGGUUCUCGACAUGCCGCGCACGCCAAAGAACCUCGACGUCGGGAACUUUAUGAUCGAUCUCACUCUCUACGCACGCCAGACAGGAGGAUCUGUGAUCCCGGUUGAGACCUCGAACCCGAUCUCUAAGUCCCGCCGACCGGCAAUCCUGACUUAUUCCUCGCCGAUUGUGGAUCUCGCCCGGAGAGUGUUGCGUCUCCCGCUUUACUUGGUGGGAUGGCGCAGGGAGGCGGAGAUACUGGAGAUCCCAAUGAUGGAGAGGGUCGAGUUUGCGCGCGGCUCGAAGAACUUACCGCAGAGCUUGCGCCUGGAGAUUCAGAGCUGGAAUGAAAUGCAAAUAUACUCUGCGCGGGUGGAAUUCCGGGCUAGGUUUACAGGGCUCCGAUGGUGCAUGUAUCGCUGGAAGUUUACUUCCUUUGUAGUCUUUAGUUUUCUAUUCUGGACUAUCUCGAUGGGCUCCGCUGGUUUGACAUGGUUCGUCUUGAGUUUGGUACUGCAACCCGCGCCCAUCAAGGAGGAGAUUAAGGAGGAAGAGAUCGAGCGAGUGAAAGAUGAGCUCGAAGAUGAACACUCCUCUAGUGAGCCAGUCAAGGUCAAGGAGGAAGAACCCGAGGGUAUGCUGCAGAACUACCCACGCGCUGGCGAUGAUGCAGCACAAGGUUCAGGCCUCGAAAGCGCAGAGGCGCGUGGCGUGCAGAAACGACGGAGUCGUUUACUUGAGGAAGAUUAUUAA